AGGAAUGGUGGGAGUUGAAGUCCCAAACCCCUGGAGGGCCAAAGUUUGCUUCCACCUAGGCUAUCCCUUUCGGAAGGUGCCUGGGCUGCUUCCUUGCAGCAAAGGGGAGGAGAGGUGGGGCGGGGAGGCGUGGGGCGUGGGCUGGGAGGCUUGGCGUCAGGUAUGGGCUUCGGCGGGACCUUUCCGGAGCGCCUCCACCGCUAGGAAAGCCUCCUUCUCCCCCCAAGCAGGAAAGAUCGGGCAAGGAGGAGGAAGCAAGAGCACCGGGCUGGCGCUUUCUCUCUCUGUGUCUCUUUCUCUCCUCCACUUCCGUCCACCUUCCACCUCUUCCUCCUCCUUUCCUUCCUUCCUCCCUCCUGGCACCUCCAAACCUGUUCCUCCGGUCCUGGGUCUUCUCCCUUUCCUCUCUUUCUUCAGCUACCCGCCCACCGCUUAUCCUUCGGGCAGCGGGGACUCCAGGGACAGCCUUUCCACUCGGAUAUGUUACACUCACAACAAUAACAACAACAACAACAAUAAGGACAACGGAGAAGCACAACAAGAGCCUUUUGCGCGCUUUGGAAUGGCAGCGCGGGGAAGGGAGAGGGAGCCCUAGGCGAGGGAGCCCCCUUUUGUGCGCGGAGGGGAACUGAACAAGCACCACUCUGGAAGCAGAGAGAAGAAGAAGAGGAGGAGGAGGAGGAGGAGGAAGGCUUUUUCUCCUCACCUUCAGGGACAGCGAAGUGCCCUCCAGGUUGGAUGAGUGACAUCAGGCCUUCAGUCAAGUCCAAUUGUUUCCUGAGCCAGAACUCUUCUCCAAGAGUGAGGAAAAAAUACUUACCUCUGGGCAAAGGCCUGCUCUGCUUGCUCAUCUCAUGGAGAAACCAAGAUGUCUGAGAUUUGCCAAGACUUUCAGGAGUCCAGACUUUCCGGCACAUGAACUGCGAAGAGACACCAACAUCUGUUAAGGUCAAGGCAGCAGAAAGUGAUCAUCUCAGAGCUCCCAGAUUUCCUCGCAUCAAGGAAUAUCCAAACAAGGUCAUACUCUGGAGGGUCAUGAAUAAAGUUGAGGACCUACUUGGCUGUGAUAUAAGGAAGCACUGACUGUACAGGUUCCCGCCGUGCAGGGAGGGAUGCUUAUUCUGCUCCAUGCCAUGAUCACCCCACUGCUCUCUAUCAUCCGUGCUGCCCCCAUUCCCAAUGCCAGCGCCCAUUCUAACACCACAGACAUCCUUUGGGCUGAGACUCCCGUACAGGACUGGGACCUCUUCUCCCCCCGCGUCACUCUUUCCCACCAUGAACCUGAAGGACCACCAUUGCUUUUCCUCAUGGAGGACUCCAAUGCCCAGCCAGGGCAGGCUGCUAACCAAACAUUCAAGUCCAAACGCUCCGUGGACAGUUCUUUACGCAGGGGGGAGAUGUCAGUGUGUGACAGCGUCAACGUCUGGGUGACAGACAAACGCACAGCUGUGGACAUCCGUGGAAGAACUGUUACAGUGCUUUCUGAAGUCCAGACACUUACAGGCCCGCUGAAGCAGUACUUCUUUGAGACCAAAUGUAAUCCAGCUGGAGGCACGGUGGGCGGAUGCCGAGGUGUAGACCGUCGCCACUGGAUCUCGGAGUGCAAGGCAAAGCAGUCAUAUGUGAGGGCUCUCACCAUAGAUUCAGACAAGAUUGUGGCCUGGCGCUGGAUCCGUAUUGACACCUCGUGUGUCUGCACCCUACUCACUCGCAUGGGACGGACGUAGGGAGGGAUGUAUUGUGUGGUUGUCACAUUGGUUUGUCAAGACACGGCCUCCUCUCUGGCCCAGGUUGUGCUUGGUGUUUCCCUGGUCAACACGGUCUCUCAUUGGCCAAGGGGUGUGUGCAGUAUUCCCAUUGGGCAAGAGGAAGUGGGUUUCACCCUGAUUGAGAGACACUUGCUGCAGUGUCUGUCUCUGUUUCAGCAACAUUCAGGAGUUUGUAUUGACAGAACACAACACCAUGACCACAAGUUAUAGCCAUCAUAAGGAUGUCACUGCGGUGUGUCAUUCUUUGGAAGUGGAGACCCAAAGGUUGAACUUCGCUGGUAUAGCUGAGCACCUUUUGUGGACUGGAAGGCAGCAAUGUUUCUUAUUAGAUGGGAGAUGGCUACAGAGACAUUUAUGGGUCCAACAUGAUCAAAAGGUGUCUCUGGACACUUGCUGUAGAGCCUUUCACCCCUCUUAGCUUUCACUGCCAGAUCUCACCAACUCUUCUUUUUACUGGCGUGCAAUACAGAGUGGGUCUCUAUUUUUGCUCCUCACUCUUUAGGCUCAAGACCAAGAUCUUACAGAUCAUCUAUUCUAGGAGAAUCCCUUCCAUCUCAUAAAAAGCUACCAAGGAUUCCUACUGCGUAAUGUGGGAAGUGGGGCUCUAGAACAUGUUUUAGGGUGCAUUGUCUGUAUGUGUGUGGACCACCAGCCACAUCUACUAGGCUUCAGCAAUGCUUCAUGCACACCAAAGGUGCCUGAGAUUCCCUCUUGGCUAUGCAGUAAAGUGGACAUUCAUCCAUUGCAAAACAUUUCUCCACCAUGAC